UUCACUUUCACUCCUUCUCCUACAACCUCGCCGGAGAAACCGAGCUUCCUUUCAUCUGUAAUACAUCUUUUCUCUUUAUUUUCUUCACAUAAAAUCUAACUUCAACUCUAAUUCUCAUCUGGGUCUCCUUUUUUUUUUUCCUUCUCUGGUCCAACAUUUCUGAUCAAAAUCGAAUCUUUAUUGAUUCCUGUUGUGUUGAACUGUGAUUCAAUCCAAACUCUCAUCUGGGUUUGUUUCGUUUUGUUCAAUUGUCCAACAUUUGUGAUCAAAAUCGAAACUUUGAUGAUUCUUGUUGCUGCUUUACGGGAUUUUUAUUAUAGUCAUUGUAGAAAUUAGCGGCAUAAAUUGAUGUCUGUGCUUGAUAAAGAGAUAUCAAGCAGUAGUAGAGAUGAUGAUGAGGAGGAAGAAGAUGAUGAAAAUGGCGGUGAUGUCAAUGAGAGGUGCAGAUGCAGAGGCAAGGAUCGAAAGAAGCAGAGUAGUAAAAUUGGGUUUUCAAGGAAUUUGGGGAAGGCCAAACAGGUGGUCCUGUUUCCAUUCACAAAAGCCAAGAAGCAAUUGCCCAGAAGAAACAGGGGAGCUGCUUCUUCUUGUUCCCCGUUUUCUUCAGGUAAGAGGUUUGGAGUUAGUGGAGGUAAUGCAGGAUGUUACUUAUGUUUCAUGCCACCAUUAAAUGUGGAUUCAUCGGCUGAGUCUCCGAGCAGUGAUCCGAAUAGCCCGAAUUUUACUCACGGGAAGUUGAGGAGUUUGAUUGAGAAGAAUGAUUUUUAUUCCAGAGAAUGCAAUUACCAUUUAGAUUUUGAUGCUAAGUCACCAUGCUAGAGAUUGAAAGGCAUUCCUGUAGAUUUGUACAAUGGCCAAUGCCGUUGUUGUAAUUGUUGUGUGGAAGUGAUCCUUGAGGAUUUUCGCAAGAGUAAUUUAAGAAGUUGCAGAACUAGCAUUUAUAAGAAAAGGGUUGGUCUUUUAUAGUGAAGAUUUUUGCGGCGUUUUGGUCGUCUUGUGUUUCAUUGUGAGAAUGAGAGUCUGAGACAAUGCUAUUGAUAGAUGUUCAGUCAUGUAGUGCAGAUUUAGUUUCAAGAAUGUAUACCAAACAACCUUAGACAACAUAUGUUAAACCAAGAUUGGUUAGCAGGUCAUGUGUGUUCACUUGGGCAUUCUAAUUCCGUAAUUAUGUGGUUAAACUAUGAUUCCGAAUCAAAGCCUGUUAUAUGACUCAAUGUCUAUGGACAACCCUUGCAUUGUACAUUUUUGGUAAAGAUAUGCAUGGUUACAUUAAUUAUGGAGAAAUUGAAGUUUUUGUGUAAUGUCUUACAGUGGCUCAAAAUGCAAAUUUUUGGUGGAAGUAUGUGCUGCAAUAUGUUACAUAUAAAAGAUGAAAAAUUACAGUUAUCUGUUGUAGGAUUGGAAGAGGUUAAAACCUUUGUAUUCUUUCAA